GUUGAAGGUUUUCCAACAAGCAGUAGUGGAAGGAGAAGACAGAUAAAGAACAACAAGAAAAAACUGCCAUCAAGAAAAAAAUUUAAUGAUUAUAUUUGAAUCUGUCAAACAUAUUUAGCGUAAUGAAUAUAGUGCAGAGAUAUCUUCCAUCUUAUCAUGGUGAUCUAUAGGUAUAAUAUACUUAUGUACAUUUACAACUAACAACCAAGUCAUAAAGUAAGUAGAUCACCAAACAAAUCGAGUUUCCAAAUCAUAUAUAUGUUGUAUCCAUUAGUUUCUUAUUUCAAAAUGGAAAGCAAUCAAAUGAGGGACUUUUCGGAAUUUUGCGAGCAAUUACAUGACAUGAGACUCAAAUUCCAUAGAUGGGAUAGCUGUGAAAGAACUAUUGCCCUGUAUUAUCUUAUGGCAGGGCUACCCUUUGCUAAUGCAAGAUUCCUACAACAUGCUAUCGAGGGUUGUAUAGCUGCUGUGAAAACUCCAGAAGCACAAAUCCUCGAAAAGAAUGCCAAUGAUGUAAAUUAUAUUACCAACAUGCUAGCAGAGCAUCCCCAAAAUUCUUUGUCCCUUCUUUUGACACAUCUACCUCUACUACGCCCUGGAAAUAAAGAAACAGCCCAUUGUUAUUUGAAUGCUAUCAAGAAGGUUCUGUCAGGAUCUAUAACUCCACCAUACAAAAUUCAUAAUGAAUGUGUAGAACUCAUGUCUUAUGUUUUUGUGCAUCCAGCAUUCGAUAAAAAUGAUAAAAAAAAUUUCAAACAUCUUUUGAAGCAAGUUUUGAACAAGGUCAGUCCAGAAACUUUCGUUCCUUCUCAAUCUAAUGGAAACAAUGAUGAGGCUAUCAAUACUAAUCCAGAGCCGACCCAGAAUGAGAUGAGACAAAAUAGACGAUCCAAUAGUUUAACCCCAGCUCAAACGAAAUCAUUUGAUAACUUCCAACAGAGCCAAGUCUGGACCUCUCAAGAGAACUUGACUCAGCCUUCGCCCAAACAGCGUAGUUACUCAUUAUCAAAUGACAAACCAUUAGUUAUCAGUGUGCCUCCAAUUCAGGUUAGUAGUUCAGAAACAAGACUUCAGGAUAUAGAAGCUCUCAAGAACUAUCCAGUGAUGAAGAGUAUAGUAUCUUGGUUGAAAAGUCUCCGAUUACAUAAAUACAGUUGGAUUUUCACCAAUCUAUCUUACCAUCAAAUGCUGAAUUUGGAUGAAGCUACCCUUGAGGGUAUAGGAAUCACAAAAGGUGCUAGACACAAGUUGCUUCUGAAUUUAGGUAAACUGAAAGAAAGGUCUAUGUUGAUGUGUGAACUAGAAACUGAAGUAAUGAACGGAGGCGACUUGAAUAACGCCUUGAAAAAGCUGAAGAAUCUAUUGCAAACACCUCUGCAAGUCUCGAUAGGGGAGGAUUUACCUUCAAAGUUUGUUAGAGUUAUGGGAAAAGUAUUCUCACAACUGCUCAUGCUGCGAAAACCUACCGAUGAAACAUUGUCCUUGUUCAGUACAAUAUGCGAGAGAGCCGAUCUUUCAGAUGCAUUCACCGAGGACCAAAAACACCGACUCGCUAUGUGGCAAAAUCAGUUGACUAAGGGACCUUGCCAAAUUCCAUUUUCCAUGCAAUAUGGUGGUCUUUCUCAAAAACCUGUUCAUUAUCAGAACUUCAACAAUUCAUCUGUUCCCAAAUCUUCUCAUCAUCACCAGGCUGCAUACGCUAAAAAGAGUUCCUCAUUUCCAAAUGUUCAAGUCCCACCAAUGCACACUGGACAUCGUCAUUCCAUCGGCAGCGUUACUUUGCAGAAUCAAUUGACAAACUUUCCCGUAACGCAACCAUGGCUUCACGAAAGGCAUGUAAUGACAGUUCCAUAUGAGAAGUCUGUCAAUUACAAAGAAACAGGUCAACAGCAUCAAGUUCGUUUCCAGAAUGUGGAAGAGCACGAAGUUCGGAGGAAGCAACAAAUCCUCAAAAACCUGGAUAUUGAGAGCAGUUUAGAAUCCCUCUGUCUUCAAAUGAUGGAACACGCCUUGGGGCCCUGAAAGAAUGUGAGAUUCUAAUGAAUCUUGCAUCGAAAAUAGUCCGUUGAUUUAAUGGAUGAAAUGAGAGGGAUCCUUUUUGAAAAAUCAUUUUUCAAAAUUUCGUACUGAACAAGAAUAUUUGUUUUUGAACUUAUAACACAGUUCCAUGCUUGGGGUGAAUAGAAAUGAAUAUUUUCACUAUUGGAUUUCCAGUCAAGUCCCCAGUUUGAAUGUGCUGCAAGUAUUCUAUUACUUUUUUCUGAGAUACAACUAAAAAAAAUGAUUUUUCGAUUUGGGAUGCCUCUUUUAAUUUCUCUAUUGCCGAACAAGUUAAGGGACUUUAAAAUAAUUUGACAAUGGCUGAUUUCAGCAUAAGUGAUUCAAAGGACUGACUGAUAGGGUAGAAUAUGAGGUUGCAUCCUAAGUAAUUAUUAAAAUAACGCCCAGUGAGAAACUUGAAUAUGUAACGUUGAAUUUUUUGUUCAAUUCAAUGUCCAAUCAUUUUUAAACUGCGCCAUUCAUCGUAUAUUGAAGUUUUCUAGGAGUUAUUCAAGUAGAUUUAUAUUUUUAUAUUCACUCUAAGACAUCGAAAGUUGUAAAUCAAAAUGAUGAAAAUUUUUUUAUUAAUCAUGUGAAUGAUUUUGCUAUAUAAGAUUCUUGUUGUGUUGUCAGUUUCAAUUUUAUCUUGAUGUUCAAAUAGUGUAAUGCAAAAACUUGAUAAUCUAUUCGAUAAUUCAUUUCGGUAAUGAAUGUCUCAUUAGGUUUUCACGAUAUACUAAACUAAAAUUACUUUGUAGACUUUAAGUCUCAUACUGGACGUUCAAUUUUCUACUACUUAUCUUUAAAUAUAAAAAUAACUGCUGGCAGAUAUUUUACUUUAUUUUCUGUGACACAUUAUAACAUAUAGAUUUUAUAUUAUAUCUUGAGAUUUAUUUAUAGCAUUCAAUAUCUGUACUGUUUGCUUUAAUUGAUAUAGACUGGAUUUUUACAAAUGUCAAUACUAUUUUUAUUUUUCUCAGUAGUUAUUUCAUGACGAUGAAAAUCUUGGCUUCCAAAGUCUACAAAAUUGGUCUAUUUGAAUUAUAAAUUCCGUUGUGUACUUGUGGAUGUUUUUGAUUGUCUCUGUGUGAUAAUAUUCGUCCUUUGACGAAAACUGAAGUUUAAAAGACUGAUAUAUAAAUAAAUUGGUAUAUUUACUUCGCUUA